GACCGAACUUCUCUUUGGAUUCUUAAAGAGAAAUGAGAUGACAGGAAAAUGGCAAACAUUCUUUAUAUGACGUGAUGCAUGAGGGGAGCUUCGUGUCCAUUCGAGACGGGCCUGGCGAGUAACGUAACAGGUGCACGGAGAAGUGACCAAUCGCACGAAUGGCCGUCGGCUCUCCCGAGGGUGGUGGCCGACGUGAGUGUGAGCGUCGGAGGAAGGGGGAGGAAUGCCUGUCACAGACAGCCGGGCCGCAAAAAGCAGAUACAGAUGCCGUCGAGCGGCGAACGUGCACGUGCGACGCUUUUUUUUCGUGACAGCGGGCGCGGGUGCAAUGUCCAAGGAGCUGUCACGGAGGAGCUUAGCCCUCAACGACAUCUCCGUCUGGGACACGGAAGAGGUGCUGAAGCUGCUGCAGAAGAACGGACUGGAGGAAUGCUGCAAGGCGAUUACGAAGCGGCAGAUCGACGGCGAUGAGUUGCUACACUUGACGGAUGGAAAGCUGGCUCUCUGGAAGAAUGACCUCACGCGUCCACUGAUAGGGAAGUUAUGGGCUUUCGUUCAACAGUUGAACAAGACGCCGGAGAAGUAUCUGCUGGACAAGAACGCGGAGCAGCAGGAUGAUCACUCGAACGACAGUGAUUCCUGGGGCACCGACUUCGAGGACGAGAUACCCGAGGAGCACUCGCAGGUCGAGGACACGCAACGGACGGAAGUCGUGAAGCCGAGUCUGAUGAAGAGCAGGCAGGUGUUUCAGCAGAACAACAACGUCCGAAUGCCAGCGCGAAUGCCGCAGCUGAAGAAGACAGUGCAGCCGGAGGAAGAGGAGACUUACGCCAACUUCGACUCCUGUCAGGAUGAGGAAGAGAGCAUGUACCAAAAUUUCCAGGAGACAAAACCGUCGCUUACGAAAAACAUAUCGAGACUACACAACCAGAUUUCCACCGCGAUGGAGAACGCGACGGAGGAGUCGAAGCGCAGGAGCAACCUGCUGGCGCAAAAGCCGGUGGUCGGCCCGAAGCCGGAAGCGUUGUCAACGAGGAAGAUCAUGAUGAUCACCGAUAAGGAGUUUCCACCCAAGUCUUUUCUACACAAUCGGCCGAAGAUAAAUCAGUGCGUUCCUAAAGAGAUACAAAAAAGAAUGGUCGUGCCGCCUCCUCCGGAGCCUAAGAGGAGCAAGGACUAUUCGUCCGUGGAGGUGAAGAAACCGGAGAAGGAAUUACCAAAACCGCCGGCCACCAUACGAAACUUCGACCUCGUGGCGAACUUGCCGGCGCGAACGGAGGAGAGCGAGGACGAGUACGAGACGUUCGAGGAGAACAUCAUCGAACAACCGCAGAGGAAAGAGAUCACGAGGGUCGACAGCAAGCUGUCGUUGCACAGUGGUCGUCAGGGGUCGGUCGAAAGCGUUUACAAGCCGCCCAGCGCCGCGAGCUACGAAGAGGAGGAGGAAGAGUACGAGAUUUACGAGUGCAUUACGGAAAUGCCGGAGGAUAAUGGUUAUCUGAGCCCCAUUCAGAGGAUAAACAAUGCGCAAGCACCACCUCCGUUACCCGCCAAACCGUCGCUCACUCCACCACCCACUCCACUUAAUCAGAGGCUCAGAUCGGAGAAACUCAAAGAACGAUCACCGGAGAAGAAAUCAGCCACAUUACCUCAUUCUGGUAGUAAUGUUUCGUUGUCAAAUGACAGAGCUACGCGACCGCUACCACCUCCGCCGGAAAGACACUCUUACGUGGACAAACCCUGGUUUCACAACGUUACGAGAGAGCAGGCAAAUGCUCUCAUUAAAGAACGUACUUACAACAACCCGCAGGAUGGAUAUUUCCUUCUAAGACCGUCCAUUACGAACUUGGGUAAUCCUUUAGCCUUGGUCCUAUGGUACAAGGACAGAGUUUACAAUGUUCCGGUUAGAAAGAGAAGCGACAAUAGAUACGCUUUGGGCUCUGCAAAGAUGAACGAGCAGUCUUUCUCGACCGUCGAGGAGAUCGUGGCGUUUUAUAUGAGAGAAGAACUGGUACUGCAUACCGGCGGCAUGCAGACAGGAAGCACGAAAUUGACUGACACUCCACCAAAGUGAUUUUAGUUCGCUAUGUAGGCUACAAGUAUCUGUGCAGGAAGGAUCUUUAUCGACAAUCCCGUUGCGUAUAAGAAUCACACGCGACACAUAAACACUGCCGAGCAAAUAUUCUCAUUGAAUAUCCGAUGACGACGUAUCGAAUCUUUCCAAUCAGUUGCAUGAAACGAACAAAUAUUUAAGCAGUGCCUUUGUAAUUCGAAAAAUCGAGGAAUGAUAAUAUCUUAAAGACGGAUCUAGUUCGUUCUAUUUGCCUAUAAUUCGGUUCGAUAAUUAUGAGUGCCUUCGAUAAUAUCUAUAUAAGCUCGACUAUUGAGCAACGGAUCUCUCUUCUCUCUUUCUUUUUCGCGACACACACACACACACACAUAUAUAUUAUAUAUAUGUCGCGUAAUAUUUUAAUAUAUACAUCAAUAUAUCUUAUACUAACAUGAUACAUAUUUAUAUUUAUGGCUCACUUAUAAGGGAAUAAUUUUAUACGACAUAUUUGAGUAUUUUACUCAGAGUUGACGUAAAUAUUUGUCGUAUUUGUUAUCUCAGCAGUAUUUUUUAUAUUUUCACGCGCGUUGAAAGUGAUGUAUUUAGCUUAGUUAAUCUGCGAUAUCAAAGCGACUGUAAUCGAUCGCUCGCGUGCACGUGGGCUACACCUGCCCUUUCUCAGAACGUUGAUUUUGGGAGAUUAAUGUGAUGACAUGUAUCAAGACUUUAUUAAAUCUUUCGUAGGAUAUA